AUGUUUUUCGUAUUGUCUUAUUUUUUUUUCCUUUAUUGGCGUUUUUUAUUUGUCUUUCCUUUAUGUAGGCGUUUUUCCUUUAUUGUCUUAUUUUCUUACUUUCCUUUAUGUAGGCGUUUUCGUAUUGUCUUAUUUUCUUACUUUCCUUUAUGUAGGCGUAUUGUCUUAUUUUCUUUUCGUAUUGUCUUUUAUUUUCUUAUUUUCUUACUUUCCUUUGUAGGCGUUUUUAUGUCUUAUUUUCUUACUUUCCUUUAUGUAGGCGUUUUUCGUAUUUCUUCUUUCCUUUAUUAUUUUCUUAUUUUUCUUACUUUCCUUUAUGUAGGCGUUUUCGUAUUGUCUUAUUUUCUUACUUUCCUUUAUGUAUUGUCUUAUUUUAUUUUCCUUUAUGUAGGCGUUUUAUUGUCUUAUUUUUCCUUUAUGUGUGACGCGUUUUUAGGCGUUUUAUUGUCUUAUUUUCUUUUUCUUUAUUGUCUUAUUUUUAUUUUCUUACUUUCCUUUUUAGGCGUUUUUUUCGCGUUUUUCGUAUUGUCUUAUUUUCUUACUUUCCUUUAUGUAGGCGUUUUUCGUAUUGUCUUAUUGUCUUAUUUUCUUAUUUUUCUUUUCCUUUAUGUAGGCGUUUUUUUUUCUUAUUGUCCUUAUUUUCUUAUUUUCUUUUCCUUUUUGUGUUUUCGUAUUGUCUUUUUUCGUAUUGUAGGCGUUUUUAUUUUCUUAUUUUCUUACUUUCCUUUAUGUAGGCGUUUUUCGUAUUGUCUUAUUUUUUCUUUCCUUUUUCGUUUAUGUAGGCGUUUUUCGCGUUUUCGUAUUGUCUUAUUUCUUAUUUCCUUUUACUUAGGCGUUUAUGUAGUCUUAUUUUCUUACUUUCCUUUAUGUAGGCGUUUUUCGUAUUGUCUUAUUUGUCUUACUUUCCUUUAUGUAGGCGUUUUUCGUAUUGUCUUAUUUUCUUACUUUCCUUUAUGCGUUUUUUUCGUAUUUCUUAUUUUCCUUUAUGUAGGCGUUUUUCGUAUUGUCUCUUUUGUUUAUUACGUUUUCCUUUUUUCGUUUUUAUUUUCUUACUUUCUUUAUCCUUUAUGUAGGCGUUUUUCGUAUUGUCUUAUUUUCUUACUUUCCUUUAUGUUUUUCUUCUUUUGGCGUUUUCGUAUUGUCUUACUUUCCUUUUUCGUUUUUUUAUUGUCUUUUUCUUACUUUCCUUUAUGUAGGCGUUUUUCGUAUUGUCUUAUUUUCUUAGGCGUUUUUUCUUAUUUUCCUUUCCUUUAUGUAGGCGUUUUUCGUAUUGUCUUAUUUUCUUAUUUUCGCGUUUUCGUAUUUGUCUUAUUUUCUUACUUUCCUUUAUGUAGGCGUUUUUCGUAUUGUCUUAUUUUUUCUUUCCUUUAUGUAGGCGUUUUCGUAUUGUCUUUAUGUAGGCGUUUUCGUAUUGUCUUAUUUUCUUACUUUCCUUUAUGUAGGCGUUUUCGUUUUCUUAUUUUCUUACUUUCCUUUAUUAGGCGUUUUUCGCUUUUUCGUUUUAUUGUCUUAUUUUCUUACUUUCCUUUAUGUAGGCGUUUUCGUAUUGUCUUAUUUUUCUUACUUUUUUCCGCGUUUUUCGUAUUGUCUUAUUUUCUUACUUUCCUUUAUGUAGGCGUUUUUUCGUAUUGUCUUAUUUUUUACUUUCCUUUUAUGCGUUUUUCGUAUUGUCUUAUUUUCUUACUUUUCCCUUUAUGUAGGCGUUUUUCGUAUUGUCUUAUUUUUUACUUUCCUUUCCUUUAUGUAGGCGUCUUUUUUCGUAUUGUCUUAUUUAUUUUCUUUUCCUUUUUGUAUUGUCUUUUUUCGUAUUUCCUUAGGCGUUUUUCGUUUUCUUAUUUUUCUUUACUUUCCCUUUAG